CAGGGGGAGGAAGAGGCAAAGAGAAAAAGCCCAAAGAGCCGUCCUUUGCCGCUUCUCAAAGGAUCACACUCCUCCAAGUACCCCAAUUGUCCAAGCUCCUCUUCUAUUCGUCAUCUCUCGCAUGAUCCACUCUUAAAACCUAUAAAUCAACUCAAUUCCGGCUUUUUACAACGUCUCUGCGCCCCUUCUGAUCUGACCAUGGCACAUUCGGCAGCUGUCUCGCAGGUUUCUUUUGCUGUUCCUGUUGGGAGCGAUUCUACCCUUGGUAGAUCAGUUCUUAAGCCACACAUUAUAAGCUUCAGCGAUAAAUCAUGGGGCCCUUCAUUAGCUUUGGACUUGAAAUCAAGGAAUGCUCGAUUGCAAAAUCGUUUUAUAGUUUGCAUGUCAGUGCAACAAGCCAGCAGAUCUAAGGUUUCAGUUUCACCGAUAGAAUAUGAAGAUGACAAAGAGCCUCCAUUGAAUUUAUACAAACCCAAGGAACCCUACACAGCAACUAUUGUAUCUGUUGAGAGGCUUGUAGGACCAAAAGCUCCUGGAGAAACAUGCCAUAUUGUGAUUGAUCAUGGUGGCAAUGUUCCUUACUGGGAAGGACAAAGUUACGGUGUUAUUCCUCCUGGUGAAAACCCGAAGAAGCCAGGGGCACCUCACAAUGUACGGCUCUAUUCAAUUGCAUCCACCAGGUAUGGAGACAAUUUUGAUGGCAAGACAGCUACUUUAUGUGUUCGUCGUGCUCUUUACUACGAUCCUGAGACUGGAAAGGAAGACCCUUCAAAGGGUGGUAUAUGCAGCAAUUUCCUUUGCAACUCAAAGCCUGGGGAUAAAGUUCAGAUCACUGGACCCUCUGGAAAGAUAAUGCUUUUGCCUGAAGAUAACCCUAAUGCCACCCACAUAAUGAUUGCUACUGGUACUGGUGUGGCGCCUUUUAGAGGCUAUCUCCGACGAAUGUUCAUGGAGGAUGUCCCUAGGUAUAAGUUCGGCGGUCUUGCUUGGCUCUUCCUUGGAGUAGCAAACUCUGACAGCCUCCUAUAUGAUGAUGAAUUUACCAAGUAUCUUCAAGACUACCCAGAUCAUUUUCGCUACGACAAGGCGCUUAGCAGAGAACAAAAGAACAAGAGCGGAGGAAAGAUGUAUGUGCAGGACAAGAUUGAGGAAUACAGUGAUGAAAUCUUCAAACUACUGGAUGGUGGAGCUCACAUUUAUUUCUGCGGGCUCAAGGGAAUGAUGCCUGGGAUUCAAGAUACACUGAAGAAAGUCGCCCAGCAGAGAGGAGAAAGCUGGGAGCAGAAGCUCUCACAGCUCAAGAAGAACAAGCAAUGGCACGUGGAGGUGUACUGAUCUCGCGUAUUGUUAACCUCCCGUUUCUUCAAACGAGAAGUAGCGAUCCAUACGUUAGUGAAUGUAGCAUUUCUCCAUUGUUGUUUCGUCAGCUUACCAUGAACUCAGAUUAGCUGUUGCCAUUCAUCUGUAUCACUAAAUAAUCAAAUGAUCUGCAUGAUUAAAACAGAUUAAGAAUCCAUUUGGUUUUAUAA